AUUUUUAUAUAUUUUUUUGUACUUACAAUAAUGUUUAAGGGGUCUAACAUAGUUUUUAUAGCACUACAGUGUAAUACGUGACCAAAACCAAUAGCAAUAUAAUCUUAAAUAUGCAUGGGCUACAUCUGAUAAAGUUUCUUGAUAGAGAGCCCGGGAGUUCACAAGUAGUACAACAGAAACCACAAACAGUUCGACAACAUUGUAACCAAACGGAAAAAUUAGUUUCACAAAUAUUUAAACCUCAAGUCCAAGCAGAAAAUGAAAGCAGUAAGCCAACAAAAAAGCCAUCUGUGCAACAAUAUAUAAGUCAAAUAUUUGGACGACCCAAUUCUGAUAUUCCUAGAAGUAAAAUCUCAAAACGAUUUAAUAGCUUUUUGUUUCAUAAAAAAAAAUUGUCGAAUGAUUCGCUUUGUGCAGAUAGAAGAGCUAUACAUAUAAAAAACAAUAAAGUAAAGAGUAAAACGAAACGAAAAAAAAAAUUACCACGUGGCGGAUCUGUAACUGAUAAAAUAGAAGUUCUUUUCAAAUCAAAAAAUUGGAAAUCAAAAAGAAGACGCCCUUUGACAUUAAAUUCUAAAGAUAUUUCAAAAUAUGCAAUUCAUUACAACUCUAAAUCAUCUCAGGACAUAAAUUAUGAUAAGAAAAAUGGAAAAAACAAUUUCUGCUGUCGCCUACACAUUCCGCAAGUAAAACGUCGUCGCAGAAGUACAACAAUCCCAACAGCUUCAAGUGAUAAUGCACGUUACCAUAAUUUCUACUCAGACCAUAACAUACAACAUACUAAGCCGAAUCUUAAUUCUACAUGCCAGCAUCACGCCCAUCAAUUAGACGGAACGUACAACGUUAUAGAUUUUCCAAAUGCCGCUCGUUUCAAUCCCAAUGAUUCUUCUAAAUUAAAACAAGUACCUCGCCUGUUUCACACCCAGCAAAUAGUAGUGCCCACUACUUCUUUUGAAAAUUCUAAAGGAGGCGGAGAUAAUGCAGCUUCGUUACCGGUUCAAGGAGCUAUGCCUACUCUUCUGCCUAAAAGUCGGUCGAAAUGUCGUUCUAAAGUAUUGUCGAAGGAUAAGAAUUUUUCUAGAUCGUCUAAUGUUCCUACCUGUCCUAUUUUCAUAACCAAAAGCGUAAAAUUUACCCUUAUUGCACUCUCUGUUAUUAUAUGGUUUCCAUGCAUACUGAUGAUGUCGCUUCUCUGGAUAGUAUCAUAUCCCAUGAGACCCCACGAAAUAAUCAAAACUGUAAGAGAUAUUGAAAGCUGUAAAACAGAGAAAUGCCAAAAUGACGAUCAAGAGUUUUGGAAGUCCAUUUAUACUUGUGUUGCUGGUGCUGUUAAAAAGCUAUUAGGUUUCUAUGAAGCUAUGUUCUCUUUGAUUAAAGAUAGAAAUGUUAACAGAAACCGUAAACGGUUCGGGAUUUCACAAUCUUCCUUAUUGCGUCGGAAUGAAAAUAAACAAUAUCCAAACCCUCAAAAAAAGUACAAACUGUAUUAUGAUAAGGAUAGGGGUUGGGUAAUGAAGCCAAUCAAAGUCAGGAAAGAUAAAAAUUUGGAAAAAGCUAUAACCCAUGGAGACGCAUUAUCUGAAGCGGAUAAAUUAAAUAAGAAUAGGCCUACACUUGAUUUAAUGAAAUGUGGAAAUGAUGUUUCCAAUGAUAAAUGCCCAUCCAAAGAUUCUAAAGUAACUAAAAACGAACAAGAAUUAGAAAGUCAAGAUCUUUACGCACAAAGCAGACAACAAUCAGAUUUGAAGGAGCAUCAAAUUCAAGGUAUUUCUCGAAAUCAACCAAAAGAAAACAAAGUUAGCGAUUUCGUAUGCGACCAAAAAAAGAAAAACGUACCCCAAGAUGUAAAUUGUGUGUGUGAAUCUGUGCAAACUGAAUGUAAACCACUGAAAUCGAAAAAUGUCCCAGUUUAUUCCAGCUUGCAGAAAACACCUAAAUUCGUAACAUUUAACGAUAAAAUACCACCACAUUCGGAUUCACAAUGUAUCUGUACUGCGGAUUGGAGGCCCUGUCAGCUUCGGAAUUGCAGUUCGCUCAAAAGUACUUGUGUUCAUAAUAAGCGAAAUGUAAAGAUGAACGAGAAGAAGGCACCAUCUUUGCCUGCUAUUCAUCGAAGAUGUUUGUGUAAUUGUAAGCUUCAUAAGCCGAUAGAAUGCCUCAACCGUAAAUAUUCUGUACCAAAUAAAUUAAAUACUAAAAAACGAAGCCGAUUACGACAAAGUAAAGCUAGAAAAAAAGUUAUACAGCAAAAAACUAGACCCAAUCGCAAAAAUAAAUUUUCACAGUUCUGCCAAAAAUUCCGAAAAAAGGCAGCGGUCAUUAUUCGAGAGGCCGACGGCAAAGUGUGGAACUGUGAUAAUUGUGAAGAUAUUUUUGUCCAAACUUUACGGAAAAGACCCUGUGCUUGGAUUCACCGUCGGUGGCCGAAAUUUUAUCCUUAUUUUUUAGUAUUCUGUAAAUUUUAUGAAAAUUUAGCAUAUGCUAUGUUAUAUGUUUGUACGGCGUGUAUUUGGUUUACGAAAGAACCCACGCCUCUAUAG